GGCAGGGUUCCUCUGGUGUCUGUUUAAAUAGCACUGUGCAGUGUGUGCUUAGGGCCAUUUGAAGAUAACCUGCUGCUCUGGGAGAAGGGUGGGCAGUGAAAUACUCCCAGGGAAGAGCAACUUUCUGAGCAGAGGCCUCACUUUUGCCUUCUAGUCUCCCAUGCCACCCCAAAACCUAGCUCAGCAGAGACUUUUGAUCAAGGGGGGAAAAGUUGUGAACGAUGACCACUCAGUGGCGGCUGAUGUGUACGUGGAAGAUGGAGUCGUGCAGCAGGUGGGACCGAACCUAAACCCGGAGCCAGCCACUGGACUUGUCGUGCUGGAUGCGACCAACAAGCUGGUGAUCCCUGGGGGCAUUGAUACUCAUACACACAUGCAGUUCCCUUUCAUGGGCAGCCGGUCAAAAGAUGACUUCUAUACAGGAACGAAGGCUGCUCUAGCAGGAGGAACCACUAUGAUCAUCGACUUUGCCAUCCCCCAGAAAGGCUGUUCUCUUAUUGAAGCCUUUGAUACGUGGAAAAGCUGGGCAGACCCUAAAGUCUGCUGUGAUUAUGCACUGCACGUGGCAGUUACGUGGUGGGACAACAAGGUGAAGGAAGAAAUGGAAAGUCUUGUUCAAAACAAAGGGGUCAACUCCUUUAAGAUGUUUAUGGCCUACAAAGAUCUAUACAUGAUCAAUGAUGAGGAGUUAUAUGCAGCCUUUUCCUGCUGUAAGGAACUUGGAGCAGUUGCUCAAGUCCAUGCGGAGAAUGGGGAGCUAGUUGCACAG